AUGAAGAGCUCUACUGUCCUUUCGCUAUUCGCGUUCGCUGGGGUUGCGCUGGCGCACCUCCAAAUGCAGAACCCAUACCCCAUCAAGAGCCAGCAGAACCCGGCAGUUUCCAACGACGAUAAAGACUACAGCUAUACCGCUCCUUUGGUAGCUAACGGUCUUCCAUAUCCCUGCAAGGGCUACCUCGGCGCCGCUCCUUCCCUACUCACACCCCAAAAGUCAUGGCCGGCAGGCACGACCCAAUCCUUCACCAUCGCCCCGCCCGGCGCGGUACAUGGUGGCGGAUCAUGUCAGCUGUCGCUGUCGUACGAUAUGGGCAAGACGUGGAACGUCAUUUUCAGCUACAUUGGCGGGUGCAUGGCAGAGGACUUGACAAAUAGCUUUGUCAUUCCCAAGGCGGCGCCGAGUGGGGAGGCGGUGUUCAGCUGGACUUGGUUCAACAGGCUCGGGAACAGGGAGAUGUACCAGAACUGCGCUAUCGUCACCAUCACCAACGGCGGAUCCGGACUCAACAGCCGAGACUUCCCCGCUCCCUUCGUCGCCAACGCCGGCUCCGUCAAUACCUGCAGCACCGUCGAGGGGCAGGACGUCGUCUUUCCCAAUCCAGGCGCGACUGUCAAAUACUCCGGAGACUACCGGGGCACGACUCCCGCUAGCGGUCGCGGCGUGACUGGUUCCAACUGUGUGCACCCUGGAGGUGCGGACGGUGCGGGGACCAAGGGCGGUAGCGGCGGCGGUAGCGGCGGCGGUGGCGGAGGAAAUGCGGUUUCGGACGCCAAAAACCUCGCGGCUAGCCCUACACCCUCUCCGAGCGCAGCAGCCGCUUCUGCUCCGGCUUCAUCUACGUCCACGUCCACCUCGGUCCGACCCGCCUCGUCCUCCGCGGACGUCAAAGCACCUGGCGCGGUUGCUCCCGCGCCCGUCGCUUCCACCUCUACCUCCACCGUGGCUGCCGCAGCCCAGACCUCGAAAGUACGUACCUGUCGCCGCCGUCGGAGUAACGGGACCACUAUCGCCCGGAGCGUCAAUCCCAUUUCGGCGGAUCUCAAGGCGCACAGGGAACGCAGAGGGCGGAGACAUACGGGCUGGGGAGCGAGGCGGAUGGACCCAGAGUCGAGGUCGGGGAGGGUGGCGGCGAUGGCGGCGGAACGGCCGGUUUAUGCGGACAAGGUCUAG